CCCGACGCCGUUACCGUCUGGUGCAGGAGGCGGUGGCGGGGAGCGGGUGCGGGGCCGCCAUCAUGAGCUACUCAGGAAUCGUGAGACAGUGCUCCCCCACACACAAAAGAACUGAGACAACAAUCCUCUGUUACAUAAGACUGUUCUUCCAGUGGGUUAUGGAGACUGGAAUUCUGGGACAAACAGAGGUUACGAAGGAUAUAGUUAUGGAUAUGGAUACAGUCAGGAUAACUCUGGCAAUUAUGGGUAUGGUAUGGCCAGUUCAAACUCUUGGGAAAUGCCUAAUUCAGACACUGACAUGAACCCUAACGCUUCCACUGGCACCAAUGCCGAUCUAGCAAAAAUUAACCAGCACGUAGAUAUGGUGUCUCAUCUAGAAACGGACACGAUGCAAGGAGGACACUAUGGCUCAGGUGGAGACAGGUACGAUUCAUAUGAGUCCUACGACUCAAGGUCUUCACUGAACGACCGUGAUCUGUACAGAUCCGGCUAUGAUUACAGUGAGGCUGAACAUGACAACGACAAUGCCUAUGAAGGUCACUAUGACAACUACUAUGGGACCCGCAGGGACCAGUACCACAACAGAGCACGGGACGACUUUGGCCAGCGGGGUCAGAACUGGGCCAGAGACGGGCGAAAUAACAGACCCAUGGCAUCUUCCUAUUCCGGGCGUAUGGGCGGACAAUGGAAUGAGCCGCCACAGCCUAUGGGAGGGCGGGGCCUUGGCCCCCAUGGCUCCCAUAGGCUCCCUUCCCUCUUCUCCCACAACAUUAUCCCUGAACUCAGCAUGUUCCAGGGAAUGCGAGGUUUCUCUGGAAACCGCUUUGGAGGAGGCUUCAUGAAACAGCGAAUGAGGAGAAACUGGAAAAUGUGGGACGCAGACUUUAAAAUGCAGAAAAAGAAAAUUAAGAAAGAUCCCACUGCCAAGAAGAGAAAGCAGACAAACAGCUCUGAUGAGCCUGACAGCAAAGCAGCAAAAACAGAUGGCUCUGACAAUUCUGACUCUGACAAUGAGGAGGGGACAGAAGGAGAAGCUGCAGAGAAGGAGGGCUCCAAAGCUGAGGGUGAAGAUGAAGAAGGAAAAGAUUCUGAAAAAGGUGCUCUAACGAUCCAAGAAGAGAUCAGUCAAAUCAAGCGCAAGUUGCAGGCGGGCAAGAAAACUCAAGACAGGCAGAAAAAAAGGCAUCGGGAUCGGAUGGUGGAAAGGAUUCAAUUUGUUUGCUCGUUGUGCAAAUAUCGGACAUUUUACGAUGAUGAGAUGAAUGAACAUCUGGAGAGCAAAUUCCACAAGGAGCACUUCAAAUUUGUUGGAACCAAACUGCCACAGCAAACGGCUGACUUUCUCCAGGAAUAUGUCGCUAACAAAACUAAGAAAACAGAAGAGCGCCGUAAAGCAAUUGAAGAUAUCAAUGCUGUUAUUCAACAGAUCUACAGAGACCAAGAUCUUACCCAAGAUAUCAGCAUGGAGCACUUUAUUAAAAAAGUGGAGGCUGCUCACUGUGCUGCAUGUGACCUCUUCAUCCCAAUGCAGUAUGGCAUUAUCCAGAAGCAUCUGAAGUCUCUUGACCACAACCACAACCGUAGAGCCAUGAUGGAGCAGUCUAAGAAAUCAUCUUUAGUAGUUGCAAGAAGUAUACUUAACAAUAAACUGAUCAGCAAGAAGCUGGAGCGGUACUUGAAGGGUGAGAAUCCCUUCACAGAUGAUCCAGAAGAAAAAGAGGAGCACGAGGAAGGCGAGGGUGGAACCAGAGGAAAUGCAGAAGGAACAGUUGAAGAGGGAGAUGAAAACAAGGAUGAUGAAGAAAACUAUGAAGAAGAGAAUCAAAAUGAGGAAAGCAAAGAUCAAGACGAAAAUCCAGAAGUGGAAGCAGCUGAGAAUCCGGGGGAGGAAGAGGACAUGGGGAUGGAGACAGAGAUAGAAGCAGGGACACAAGCAGAAGCACAAACACAGGCAGAGGCAGAUACAGAACACCCAGAGGAGCAGAGUUCACAGGCCGAAGAGGAAGCUUUCACUGGUGAGGAGGAGCACCUGCUAGAAGGAGGUGAAGAAGAAAGCAAAGGACUUGCUGCAGCAGACAAGGAGCCUGCAGAGGAGGAGCCUCCAGAGUGAACUCUGGAUGGGGAAGAUGAUGUGCUUAACACAUGACAGACUUUUUAUUUUAAAGCAUAACCGUCUCCGUGAAACCUCAUAGCACUUGUUUUUGGUUACCAUCCUACUAAACUUUCACCUAGUUACAGCAAUUGGAAACCUUUAUCUGUAAAGUGUUUUUGGAAAUAGAUUUUUUUUUACCGAACCUUCAUUUUAGUAGCUAAGUUUUGUGCAGUCUGAGUUUUUAGAUGGCUUUGUACUAGGAGAAUUUCCUUUUUAGCAUGUGUACAAAAACUGUGCUAAUGCACCAUAUACAACAUCACAGUCUGGCAAAUGAAACUUCUUACCAUCUCCCCCCAAGAAACUUUUAUAUAUUUAAAAAAGUGGUUUGUCCCUUAGCCAGUCUCUCUGGAACUGCUGGAAGCUCAAUUUCAGAGUUUUAAAUCCUACAGUACAUUCUGUAAGAUUCUGCAUAAUUCCCAUGUGACUGUAGUACUUUUCCCAAUGUUUUACUCUUCCUUUCAAUGCAGAGCAAAAAUAAGUGGUGUUGACAUUGUAUUGUUUGUAAAAUGCUUCCAUUCAAAGGUAAAUGUUCCAGUGGGUGGAGAUAAAACACUACACUGAGAUUA